AUGUCCGACGAUGUCCCCCGCCUCAUCCACGAAUCUCGAUCCCACUCGUCGUCCCAGCCAAACCGGGACCGGGACUUCUCGUCGUCCUGCCCCUUCUGCGCCAUUGGGAGCACCUACUCCCCUCUGCCACCUCUGUCCUCACCGGAGACUAUGGCCAAGGCCCUCGACCCGGAACAGCUCGACCCGCCAUCCUUCGUGCUCUACUCGAGCGAGCACGUCAUUGCCUUUUUGGACAUUAUGCCCCUGACGAGGGGGCACGUGUUGGUGGCACCGCGGAAACAUCGUGUCAAGGUCGGGGAUUUGAGUCCCGGCGAGGGCGCAGAGAUUGGGAGAGUCCUGCCCCUGCUCGCGCGAUCGGUCAUCAAGGCUGUUCUCCCCGACAUCCCGCACGAGAGUGCCGACUAUAACGUCGUGCAGAACAAUGGCCCCGGCGCCGCUCAAGUAGUGCCGCACGUACACUUCCACAUUGUCCCCCGCCCCCCUUUGAACUACACCUAUCCCCAAGUUAGAAGCGGCCCAGCAGCGUCGUCCUCGUCGGCGAAGAAAUACCAACCCAACCGCCAACCCUCGGGCCGUCAAGCCGCGGCCAUCCUGUUUGGGAGGGGCAUGCGCGAGGAUCUCGACUACGAUGACGCCGCGCUUCUGGUGGAGGAUAUGAGGGCGGCGAUCAGGGAGGAGUGGGAGAAGAGCCUUGGGACCUCGAGGGAAGAAAGAGGACGGGCGGCGAAUGCAGAGACGGUGGAGGGGACGUCGGGUUCGGGAGGCCCGAGCAGUGCUGGGGGAAGCGAAAAGGGAGACGGAAAUGGUAGACGUCUGGCCUGGAAAGUCUGA